AUGCCUGAAGGUUGGCGAACUUAGUAAUAAAAUUAAUGACUUGAUAAUGUUAAUUUUUCCUAAACGUUGAUGUCAGUUCAUGUUCGAUGCUUAAAACGUUUGCUUGGGACGUAAGUUACCACCAGAACUUUUUUCAGGUCUCCUCAACAACAUCCUACUAAACACUACGAUAUGCGAACAAUCUUCAAACUAUUGCAUCGAGAAGAAAGAAAUUCUUUUGAGUCUCCCCAUUCCAAACUAUGGUCUGAUUAUUUAAACCGUUUUGCAGCAAAACAGCGUCCCAAACAAUCCUCAAUUUAGCCGAACCUUUCAUAUGAACAGUUACAUUUGUGAACAGUGUAAAGAGGGCCAAAAGCUAACAGUAGAAGGACAUUUUUUUAAUGAAAUCAACCCUCUUAUAGGGAGAACCUGAGGCCCACUGACUGCGUUAAACUGUGGUUUGGGUUGGACUUCGUGUAAAUAAGCGGCCCAUAUGUGUUUAUUUCUUCUUUUUUUUAUCAGAGAUGCAAAAGGCACAAUAUGCGGAAAAACGUCUUAAGAGAAAAUUAGAUGAUCUAAUGUUUUAUGGGGAUUCCACAAACGUGCAUUUCCAUUCUCUUGCAAUGAGAAGCCAGCUUUGUAAGAAAAUGUUUCAUACCUGCGGGAAGAAGUACAUGUGGACUUAUGAUGUGAGUGGAAAGAAACUUUUGCUUAUUUAUAAUUUGCUUCUCAAAAGUCUUUCGUUUGUUGAUUUGAAUUUGGGAUCAAUCCUCUUGACACAGAACCUCGAAAAAGUUGGACGAACUAAAUAAAAAUAAAAUUGACACCGAAACACUCUUUUCAUUUAGAAGAUUAUAGCAAAAACAUCACUCUAAUUGGGCGUAUUACUAGUUUCUUUUGUUGUUUAUUACCAACUUGUAGUUAAUAAUACAUUUAAACUUGUUUUAAACUCGAGUUUUUCGUUUACUUUGUUUGUUUUUUUAAUGAAACAGUAUCUACCUGGGGAACAUUAGUUUUGCAAAUUUGAAAUUAGUGACGGUAAUGGCUGAGUGGGAUCCAACUUGGUCUGAGAUCUUAUGAAUGAUUCACGAAAUCUGACGACCGCAAAGCGGGAGUCGACUUGUUUCUUACGAGUAUAAUUACAGGUAGAACUGGACGACACGAAAUUUUGUUCCCUUUUAGUCCAAACUAUGACAAAACUUGAGACACGAACUAGCCAUCGGUUACACUUUUCAUAAAAAACAACUGUUAACUCGGCGAUAUUCUUGACAACAGCGUACGCGAACAACGUGUACUCUCCAAUAACACAUGCAUGAUAUAUGCAUGACUGUCGAAUUACACAGUCCAAUUAUAAGCUUGACGCUUAUACUUUUCCUACUAGUGCUCAAAUCGGGCUGGUGAUAACCAAUCAUGUUCGAAAAUUUUGUAAUGAUUUUGAUUAGCCAAAGUAGUUUUAAAUGAGAAACAAAUUAUUAAGUUUUGUCAUAGCAUUUUUGUCAGCUAAUCUCUCUGUUGGUAAGACUUUUUUAACGUUUCCAUGACAGAUUUUUGUUCACAUAUUCUUUUAAGGUUUUCUCUCGUGGUUUUAUGAAGCAUUAAAAAGGAAGACGCGAGCGCUCGUUGUGUAUCUUUGCAGGUCUCCUGGAAAGGAAGCGAUGAUAAAGAUUUCAACCAGACUAUUGUUCAUGAGGAGAUCCAAAAAGUCUUGGACAGCCAUGACAUGAGAGGGAAUCAAAGCGUUUUCUUUUUUAACGUCGGUAUACAUUACUCACUACCGUUGAACUUUACAGCUUACCAAAUGCUGAUUGAUAGCAUUAUCAAGAUACUGAGGAGGGACACUGAUACUGAGAAUGAAGGUGCGUUGAAAAGCCGGGCACUUUUCAUUUGGCGAAGCAACGCAGCUGUAGAGGCGAAGGGUUUUGAAGACUUUUUCUCGCAAGUGAACUAUACCGAAUGGAGAUUCUAUACCAAUCAGGUAAUAAUACAAGUUGAAAUAUUAAAUGCCUUCAUCGCAAACGUAAUCAAGUCUUUUGCUGACCGGUGAAAGGACGUAUUUGUAAGCGCACGGGUCAAGCAAAUGUACUAAGAAACACUCAUCAGAAAACUUUGUAACGUACGGAGACCAGUCUUCGCAAUCUUCAUUUAUCCAGGGGGGGGGGGACUUGAUGGGGAUCAGUAGUCGUCAGCGUAGUAUAAAAGGGAGGGGGGUACCAUAGAAAAUUGAUUGCCAAUUAAGUGACAAUGAGAGGGGAAUCAUAAGAAUAUUAUAGAAUCUGUCUAGGGGGUAUCUGGUAAAUUUUACCGUGACACCGUGACCAAAAUCUUCCGAACUCCUCCCCCCACCUCACCCCAGGUGGUCUACGAUGACCGGUCUCUAAACUGGGGAUACACAUUCAAGACGAUUGCGUCAGUGAAUGUUUGGCAUGUAAAACGAUGGAUGGUUGGCAUGCGCACCCCAAUUUUUUUUUCAUCUGUUUCAACUUCGUCUUUCAGAGGACUUUGUGAUAGAAUGCUAACUGACACUUGUCAUCGAAAACUUUGCCAUAACAACUGAAAAGUCAUGGGGUUAAGGAUUGCGACAAUGUCUGUUACGUACAAAAACUAUGAAUGUUUCAAAUUUGUCUAUAGUAUUUUGCCUAAUUUGUCUCAUCUCUUCCUUGCUUGCCUACUUUGUCUACGAUUUAGAGGAAUCAGCUGUUCCAUACUUAUGCUACAGAUGCUAUGUGUAAGGCUGGAAUCCCUGUUCUUGAUAUUUACCCGAUGACCACUGCUUGGCCUGAAGGCACCCGUGAUUCCAUGCACUACAACGAUAAACCAUUGGAGCCGGCAGUUACAGCUUUGGAGCGAUUUCUUACUGAAGCAUCAAUGAGAUAA